AUGUCAUCUCAAGUGGAAAAAACAAAAAAACCAUUCGAUAAAAAAAAAUGGAGAACAAAAAAAUACAGCAAUAAACAAAAAUUACAAGAUUGGGAUGAGCGUCGCAAAAAGGCUGUAAUUCGUGAUUACUACAAAGAGUUAAACAAAUCUGGUACCGAGAGACCUUUGAAUACAUUAAAUGAUGAAGAUACCAAUCUAACUAAACAGCAAAAAAGGCCAAAUCCACAUAAAGAAGCACAAGAACGUUACAAUCAAAUUCAAGAAGAAAAGAAAGCUAGACGCUUUGAAGCAUCAAAAAAAAAAGAAGAAAUCCGACUAGCACUAGAAGAAUAUAAACAAAAAAAGAAGUUAAAAAAUAAAAAACUUGGAAAAAAAACAAGAAAAGGCCAACCGGUUAUGAAAGAAAGAUUGGAGCUAUUAUUAGAAAAAAUACAGGCUAGCGUUAAUACAUAG